AAUGAGUCGGAAAUUCACAUGGUAAGAAGUUGGUGACAAUGCCAAAAAUGGAUGGAUUGUUAUUGGUGAUUCAGUCUAUGGACCAUAAGGAUUUUUAGAUUCUCAUCCAGGAGGCCCAGCUGUCAUUAGAAAUAAAGCAGGUAAAGAUGUCACUAGAUUCUUCAAUGAAAUGGGUAAUUUAUAAUAUAUGAAUCUAGGUCAUUCAUCAAAAGCUCAUGAUAUUUUGAAAUCUUUGAAAAUUGGUGAGAUUGACAAAAAUUCAAAACCAGCCAGUUGGUAAAUAGACUCAGAUCAAAGACUAGUAGCAAUUACUUCUGUAAUGCUGAUAUUAGCAUUUGCAUUUGUUUAUUUUUUUGUUUUGAAAAAAUGA